AUGUCUCCUCUUAUGUUUAUCUUUAUCAUUUCCAUGUUCGUUAAUCUGUCACAAGGGAUGCAAAUGCCUUACAUGACUUCUGAUCCAAUAGAAAUCUCCGGCAAGUCAUUCGACUACAUAGUUGUUGGAGGCGGAACUGCGGGAUGUUCCUUAGCCGCGACUCUGUCUGAGAAGUUCUCUGUUCUGAUCAUCGAGCGCGGUGGUUCGCCUUACGGAGAUCCAUUAGUAGAAGAAAGAAAGCUCUUUGGAUACUCACUGCUGAAAACAGAUGAAUACUCAUCGGUUGCGCAGAGUUUCACCUCCAGAGAUGGAGUCGAGAAUUACAGAGGACGCGUUCUUGGAGGGUCGUCUGCUAUAAAUGGCGGAUUCUACAGCCGAGCUAGCGAAGAGUUCGUGAAGAAAGCUUGUUGGGACAAGGAACUGGUUCAAGACUCUUAUAAAUGGGUCGAGUCUAAAGUUGUCUUCAUGCCGCAGCUUACUCAAUGGCAAUCCGUUGUGCAGUUAGGGUUUCUUGAAGCCGGCUUUUACCCUUAUAACGGGUAUAGUUUGGAGCACACGCAAGGGACAAAGAUUGGUGGAAGCAUAUAUGAUGAGUGUGGGAAAAGGCAUACAUCUGCAGAUCUUUUGGCAUUUGGUAAACCAAACCGCAUCACUGUUCUUCUAAAAGCAACGGUAAAGAGUUUAAUCUUUGAUGGUAACAAGACGCGUGUGGUUGGAGUUAGGUUUAUGAAGAGUGAUGGGAGCUCAAGUAAGAGCUAUAAGGCUCAUGUUGAGAAGCAUAGAGGUGAGGUCAUACUCGCGGCUGGAGCUUUAGGUAGUCCGCAGAUUCUCCUCUUAAGCGGAAUUGGACCAGAGAAUCAUCUAAAGGCUUUCGACAUUCCUGUGGUUGUCAAUCUCAAAGAAGUAGGAAGAAAAAUGUCGGAUAAUCCAGCGAUCUCUCUUCUCGUUGAUAGAUUCUCGCAGAACCGCACACUCGAGCCACCUCAAGUCGCAGCGAUAGCAGAAGGUUACAAGUUCAUACUCGAAUCCGAGGUUCUUCCAACAGACAUUACCACAACAAGGAUCUCUAUAGCAGCGAAGAUCGCCUUUCCUAAGUCCAAAGGCAGGCUCAAGCUUAACAGCGUUAACCCUAGGGAGAAUCCUUCAGUGAAAUUCAAUUACUUGGAGAGCGAGGAAGACCUAGAGGCAUGCUUAGAGAUGGUUCUGCUUCUGCAACACGUAGCGAGGUCAGAGACUGUGACGCUUUUCUUGGGGACACAGGCUCAGGAGAAGAAGCUCUUGGGAGGUGAUGAAGAGCUUAAGGGCUUCUGUAAAAAGAAUGUGAGGACUUAUUAUCAUUACCAUGGCGGCUGCGUUGUGGGAUCUGUCGUGGACGAGGAUUACAGAGUGAACGGUGUGAAGCGAUUAAGAGUGGUUGAUGGUUCGACGUUCGAAGAGUCACCAGGAACGAAUCCUAUGGCUACGGUUUUAAUGUUGGGGAGGUAUCAAGGAAUCAAAAUACUCAGAGACCGAGAAGCAGAGAAAGAAGAAGAUGAGAGGAUUCAGAGUCCACAAGGAAGCCCACAACCACAACCCUAG